AAUUAAUUAAUUAAUUAAUUAUGCCUGUCUCGUGGUACAGUCGUCAACUCGUACGACUUAACAACAUGCUCGUCAUGGGUUCAAGCCCCAAAUAGACCGUGCCGCCAUACGUAGGACUGACUAUCCUGCUAUGGGGGUUUAUCCAAAAGUCACUGAAAGCCAACACGACAAGUGGUACAGACAGGCCUUGACCGACAACGGUUGUAGAGUCAAAAGAAAAAAAAAUAGUUCGAUCUGGACCAGCCAUAUGGUAAACGUUUAAUAAAUAAUAUCAAAUUUAACAAACCCUGUUUUCCAUACAAACGCAUGCUUUUAAAUUGAACUGUCAACCAAGUAUCAAGUGUUCAAUUUAAAAGCAUGCCAACUAAUAAGCGUUCAACUACAGUCAGAAUUCAAUAGUUUGUAUCAGAAUACCGGUUUUUUUUUAAUUUCACAAAAAUCUUAUGGCCUGCCGAGAAAAAUUUUUCAUUUUUUCAUUUUUCAUUCAUUUUUUUGUAUGAAAAAACGUGCCAACUAAAAAGCACAUACUCAAUAGUUAGCAUGGAAUCGAAGUUCAACCAAUGAGUUCAGAUUGUUCUGUUAUUUUGUUCUUUUGAUCAAAUAGCCAUUGCCCAAGAGAAAUGUAAUAAUAAUUUUCUUUACCUGUGUAUCUGGCCUGCAUAAUUGUGUUGCUUAAAAAUCAAAAUAUUACCCUGGUUUAUACAAGGAUUCAAUGGGUAAAUAUCUAAACAUUACACCUGCUAGUGUUUAUCCUGUUACAUAAGUAGCUUAAAAUAAAGGUACUAAAUAGUCCGUUACAUAAGAAAAUAGAAAAUCCUACCUCUUUUCUGGCUUAUAAAAACCCGCGCAAUUUAUGUUUGUGUCAAUACGAUUCGGGCAGUCGUUUCACUCGGUGUUGUUAUGCGUGCUCUGUACAGUUAUAAAUUUUGUGCAAUACUGUUAUAAUACAAGUGCAGAAUAAUACAAGUGUAUAUUUUAAAUAUUCAACGUGCCGUGAAUUUCACUCAAUCACGACAAUGUCGGCCAAAGACAAACGCAAGUCAGGAUCCAUGUAUAGAUCCAUAGAAGCCAAUAAUAAAAAGCUUGAUGCUGAAUUGUUUGGAGAGAGUAGUGAAGCUGGGCCAAGUAAUAUUCAGACAGCUACGUCAAAUGUAGAGUUCAGUGAACACCCGAAUUGUGGUAAGUGGAAAAUAAAAAAAUUAAAAUUUGUGACCAAUGCAAAUUAAACACAAUUAUAAUACUUAUUUUUUAUCUACUCAUUGCAGAGAACCAUCCUUGUCCAUUUGAUGAAUACAUCUUGCAAGAAGAAUACGUCAGUGAUUGGGUUGCUAUCGAUGCAUUCGACGAUACGGAAGUAUAUGAAGAGGUCAACGAAGAUUACGAUGAAGCCGAGGAAACUAUGCACAGCACACAAGAGUCUCAACACGAGGAGGAACCAUUUGAUGAGCUUAUUCGAAAUUGGGCAUUAAAAACAUACCAAACACAUCAAGCUCUAAAUGGACUAAUAGAAAUUUUACGUAAAAAAACUAACUACCAGCUGCCGAAAGAUGCGCGCACGUUGCUUAAGACAAGGCAAUGUGGAAAAGAAACGUACCCUAUAGCAGGGGGAGAAUUUUGGUUCCCUGGGGUACGAUCGGUUCUCAAGGAUCACUUUCGCGAUGUGCCACCAAGAGUCAGCAAAUUUUCGUUGAACUUUUCGAUUGAUGGACUUCCACUGCACAAGAGCACUCGAAAACAGUUUUGGCCCAUAUCAAUGAGCAUUCAAGAAAUGCCGGAAGUUCCAGUAUUGAUGGUUGGCAACUUUUUUAGUGAAUCGAAACCAAAGAGUGUUGAGGAAUAUCUGCGUCCGCUUGUCGACGAGCUAAAUGGGUUGAUGGAUAAUGGCAUUGUAAUAGCCAAUAAGCCAAUCGAAAUACACGUAAGAGCUUUCAUCGCGGACUCACCAGCACGAGCAUUCAUAAAAGUUUACUUCAACCACACACAUGGUUGCCAAAAAUGUACGGUACAAGGAAAAUAUCACAGCGCACACCGAGUUACAUGUUUCCCGGGAAUGGAUCAUCCAGCAAGAACGCAUGAAGAUUUCGUCCAAUCAAAUUACGGAGCACAUCAUCGGGAAAAAACGCCUCUCAUGGAUCUUAAGAACUUUGACAUCAUAAAGCAGAUUAUUAUAGCAGAUCGUUUGCACCUCUUUGACUACGGCGUAACAAGAACAAUGCUGAAAGGAUGGAAAUCAGGCAAAUUAGGAGGGGGUGCCAAGUGGUCUGAAGAAACAAUAAGCAAGAUUGAUGCUUUGCUGAAGGAGGUGGAACUUCCUUUAGAGUUUCAUCGCAAACUCCGUUCUGUUGAAGACAUUGGAUUGUGGAAAGCUAGUGAGUUCCAAAUGUUUCUGCAUUAUCUUCUUAUCCCUUUGAAAGUAAGCUCCAGCAUGUCAAGAACUGUCUUCGAAACGGUCAUAAGGUUUUGGUGCAGGCUGCAAAUAGGAUAUCGGAGCAAAACCCACAUACUGCGUCAUCAAGUACAGCAAAUCUCUCUUUUCCAUUUUUGAAAACCAAAACUAAUGGAGUAGCAUUGCACAUUAAUCGACAAUUAAUUCUUUCUCCUGGUAUUCAGUCCAAUUGGUUUUUGACUCAUGAUAACUACAUAGUUAAAUAUUGUAGCGCAGAACAAAAAGAUUCAACUAUAAUAAUUAAUGGGAGAGCAUUCAAUUAUAUAACGGAAACCCACUCGUACUAUAUUUCACCUUUUAUGAAGGAUAUAUAUGA